AUGAAAGAAGUUCUAACACUCUUGUGCUUCUCCCGAAUAUUUUGUAAAGAGAAUUUCUUUGAUCAUCAGCAAAAAUUGUAUGAUGAAGUCAUCUUGAAAGUAAAUCCCUCGAUUGGCCCAAUUAACUCUUUAGCUAAUAUAAGUGACUCCACUGAGGUAUUCAACGUCAACUUACAUCUCGGAUUCAUUAAGCUGAUUGGCUUAAAUGAGCCGAAUGAACGUGUUGAUUUUGUCAUCGAGUUUAUAAUAACUUACCGAGAUCCUCGUCUUACUUGGAAUUCAAGUCAAUAUGGUGGGAUCGAGACAGUCUAUCCACCUGAAUCAAUGUUGUUCAAACCUGACUUAACUCCAACACAGAGUCAAUAUUUCGAGGAUUUUCGUGAAGAUAAGCAGAAGUUCACAAUGCUUCGAAGUACGGGAGUUAUCGAAAUAUACACAACAAUGUUCAUGUCAUCCAUUUGUAAUGUGGAUGUUCGCAACUUUCCGCUUGAUCAACAAGUUUGUAGUUUGCGCUUUUUAUCCCAAGCAUUCUCGGCUAAUGUUCAGAACUUAACAAACAGCAUAACUACUCCAUACCCCUUUCCCCUCUCCACUACGGGGACUGGAGAAUGGCAAGUAACCGAAAUGAUCGCUGUUGUAGAAGAUGUUCGUCCCAAUGAUUUCGUUCAUAUUCAAAUAGCACGAUUUGACAUCUACUUGAAAAGAAAUUUUAUAUACUAUUACACGCUUAUCAUUAUCCCUUCCUUCAUUCUUAAUGUGUUCUCAAUAUUUGGAUUAUUCAUCAAAGCUUCAGACAUGAUGGGGAAGCUCACAGUCGGACUCACGAAUGUCAUGUCUUUAUCAUUCAUCCUGGGAAUACUCUCAUCAAUGAUUCCGAAAACUAAAUCUUUACCAAUUUUAGCAAUUUACGUCUUAGUCAACUUGCUUAUAGUAGUUGUUUGUCUUCUGAUAUCGGUUGCUUUGCCUUAUCUUCCAAACAUCUUUUGUUUAAAAUUUUCUCCAAAAUUAAGAUGGCUAGAUCGUUACUGCUUCGCUAUGUUUAUAGGCCAACUAUUGAAUUGCCUAAAUCUGAUUUAUUGUUCAUUCUUCCGAAGUUAA